AUGAGGUAUACUGUGCCUGCUUUAGCCCUUCUAUGGGGUCUCACUCUCGCCAAUCCCCUCCCGGCACCGAAGGCUACCGCGCCCGCAGUCGGAGCCGACCCUCCCCGUAGUCAGCCACCAAUGGUGCCUAUGCCAUGGCUCUCUGCAUCGCCGACUGCCGCAACCGCCCCCACGCCAACACCCAAGACAGAGCCUAAGCCAGAGCCUAAGCCAGCUGCUGUAGUGGCAUCUCCUUCGCCAUCCCCCUCUGCAUCCCCUUCGGCAUCCCCUUCGGCAGCCCCUGUGGCCUCUGCCGCUGCCGCACCUCCAGUUCCCUUGUCCGCUGCUUCGCUAUCCAAUGGUCCCAACAAUUCCGGCGGCAUUGUCCCGGUUCCAACAGGCAGCAUAUGCUACAGCGUACCCGCUCUCAUGUCACCCAUUGGUGGCAACUUAGUCAGUGUGUCCAUUAAUAAGGGAUGGAACUGCAAAUUCUUCACAAACCCUGACUGCCCCAACUGGGAUCAGCAAGUCCUUAACCUCGACGGUGCCAAUCAGUAUGCUGCACUGGACGGCGUUUACGUCAACAACGUCCAAAGUGUGUUGUGCACCAAGCUCUGGGGUGGACCAAAUUAA